AUGCACGCUCACGUGGUGAGUCUAAACGCGUGCGCGAUCGCAACGCGCGCCGCUUCGACGUUCCUCGCCGAGUACCGAGACCACUGCGCGGUCCGCGAAAAAGAAUACGGGAUCGCGCCUAAACCCCUCGACGCGAAGCAAGUCUCCGCGCUUGUCUUGCAGCUUGAGAACCCGCCGAGCGAGGAUGCCAAAGAGCUCGUGGAUCUCUUCGUCAAUAGAGUGCCCCCAGGGGUGGACGAGGCAGCGUACGUCAAGGCGUCCUGGCUCGCGAGCGUCGUUGCCGGAGACACGAGAUCGCCUGUGAUAAACCGUUUCCGCGCGAUCGAAAUCUUGGGCACGAUGCAGGGUGGUUACAAUAUUGAACCGAUGAUUCGCGCGUUGGACGAUGAAGAUCUCGCGGACACCGCGGUGAAGACGCUAUCGCGCACGCUCUUGAUGUUCGACGCGUUUCACGACGUCGAGGCGAAAGCGAAAGCCGGGAGCGCGCCCGCGCAAGAGGUGAUGGAGUCGUGGGCGAACGCGGAGUGGUUCACGUCGCGUCCAGAGGUCCAAAAGAAAAUCACCGUCACGGUUUUCAAAGUGUCCGGGGAGACGAACACGGAUGACUUGUCCCCCGCGCCGGACGCCUGGAGCCGACCCGACAUCCCUCUCCACGCGCUCGCGAUGCUGAAAAACCCUCGCGACGGCAUCACCGAUGCGCGGGCGCAAAUGGAAGACUUGAAACGUAAAGGGCACCCGCUUGCGUACGUAGGGGACGUCGUCGGCACGGGCUCGUCACGAAAGUCUGCGACGAACAGCGUCCUGUGGUACAUGGGGGAUGACAUCCCAAACGUCCCGAAUAAACGCACGGGCGGCGUGUGCAUCGGCGCUAAAAUCGCGCCGAUAUUUUUCAACACCAUGGAGGACAGUGGCGCACUCCCGAUCGAGAUGCCCGUCGACCAGCUCGAGAUGGGGGAUGUGAUCGAUGUGUACCCGUACGAAGGUAUCACGAGACGUCACGGUACGGACGAAAUCGUGUGCACGUUUUCGCUGAAAACGGACGUCCUGCUAGACGAAGUCAGAGCGGGUGGACGGAUAAACCUCAUCGUCGGCCGCGGCCUGACCACGCGCGCGAGAGAGAGCCUCGGGCUACCGAAAUCGGAUGUCUUCCGUUUGCCGUCCGUGCCGCCGUCACACGAAGGUGGCUUCACACUCGCGCAGAAGAUGGUCGGGAAGGCGUGCGGCUUAGACGAUAACGCGGGCAUCCUCCCUGGGACGUACUGUGAGCCUAAGAUGACGACAGUCGGGUCUCAAGAUACAACCGGGCCGAUGACUCGGGAUGAACUGAAAGACCUGGCAUGCCUCGGUUUCUCAGCGGAUCUCGUGAUGCAAUCGUUUUGUCACACUGCGGCGUACCCGAAACCUGUGGACGUUAUCACUCACCACACGUUACCCGAUUUCAUUCGCAACCGCGGAGGCGUAUCAUUACGACCUGGUGAUGGCGUGAUCCACUCGUGGCUGAACCGGAUGCUAUUGCCGGACACCGUGGGCACGGGCGGGGACUCGCACACGCGGUUUCCGAUCGGUAUUUCGUUUCCUGCGGGGAGCGGGCUCGUCGCAUUUGGAGCCGCGACUGGGGUCAUUCCUUUGGACAUGCCUGAGUCCGUCCUUGUACGGUUUAAAGGGACUAUGCAGCCCGGGAUAACGCUUCGGGACUUGGUGCACGCGAUUCCAUACUACGCAAUCCAAGCCGGGCACCUCACGGUAUCGAAACAGGGUAAAACAAACGUCUUCAGCGGUCGAAUCCUUGAGAUCGAGGGUUUAGAGCACCUGAAAUGCGAACAGGCGUUUGAGCUCUCAGACGCGUCCGCGGAGCGAUCUGCCGCCGGGUGCACGAUUCGCUUAGACGAAGCUCCGAUUGCGGAGUACUUGAACUCGAACAUUACGAUGCUGAAGUGGAUGAUCAAGAACGAGUAUGGCGACCGACGGACGCUUGAGCGGCGAAUCGCAGGUAUGCAAUCUUGGCUCGCCUCUCCUAUACUUUUACGUGCAGACCCCGAUGCAAAGUACCACACGGUGAUCGAGAUCGACAUGGACGAAAUCAGAGAGCCGAUCCUUUGCGCGCCGAACGAUCCGGACGAUGCGCGGUUGUUAUCGGAGGUCACUGGCGAUAAAAUCGAUGAGGUGUUCAUCGGGAGCUGCAUGACGAACAUUGGCCACUUCCGCGCAGCGGGAAAACUUCUGAAAGAACACGGCGAACAACUCCCGACGCGUCUGUGGGUCGCGCCUCCGACGAAAAUGGACGAAUCGCAACUCAAGUCGGAAGGAUAUUACGGCGUGUACGGUGCCGUCGGAGCACGUACGGAAAUGCCCGGGUGCUCGUUAUGCAUGGGGAAUCAAGCCAGGGUCGCGGAGAAAUCUACUGUGGUGUCCACGUCCACGCGUAACUUUCCGAACCGCUUGGGCAAGGGCGCGAACGUGUACCUCGCGAGCGCGGAGCUCGCCGCGGUUGCCGCGAUCUUAGGUCGUCUGCCUACCCCGGAGGAGUACCUCUCUUACACGAGAAGGUUAGACUCGACCGCGGCAGAUACGUAUCGUUACUUGAACUUCGAUCAACUUCCAGAGUACAUCGCCAGCGCGUCAGGGGUGGACGUGGGAGGAGACGCGUACGCAAACGUAGGCCCCGCGAUGAAGGCACAGCUUCUUAAAUUGGAAGCGGAUAAGAAGAAUGCCGCGGCGACAGGGAACUGAAAAUCGAACGAAGAACGGAGGCAAAGGAGGUGGCCGGCGGCAGCCGCCACGCACGCACGCAAAAGAUAAAAGCGACUGGUUCCUGGAAUAAAUUGUGUGUAAAUGUACGGAUUAUAACCUUAUCGAGUCUCUCCGACGAAGAGGGGCUAUAAACGCGUCGAGAAGGAGCUCGGGGUGGUGUCACAAUCGUGUUUUCUCUUAAGCUGAAAAAUAAUCACCGAUGAGAAUGCGAUG